ACGGGCGGCGCAUCAUGGAGGAAGAACAGGUGCCUUCUUCCAUCUAGAGAAGGAGCCCAGCAGCAGCAGCAGCCUGUUCCUCACAGCGACCAUCUUCCCGCGUGCGUACGCGUGAUUAUCUGCGUGAUUCUUUAUUAUCUGCGGUGAGCAGCAGCAGCAGUGUAUGAACGUCAAUCUGUGAAUCUAUUAAACAGUCGAGAUGAAGCAUUUCCUAAGGGUGCUGACCCAGUUCCUGGUGUUUCUGUACUGUAAGUGUCUGUGGCGAGGCCUGAAGUUUGUCAUCAGGAAGGUGACAGGACGAUGCGAGCUACAGCGCAUCUGUUACAACAACAAGCCUGGCGCUCGCCGGACCCUCAAGAUCGAGUCAUCGCUUAAGUGCUCUAAAAAUGAGCUGCUGCAGAAUGCUCUCAGUGUGCACCCGGACGCCGUUGAAAAGACCAUAGAUGAUAUCAUGGCCCUGAAGAAAAUCAACCUGGACACAAAUCCACAGCUCGCCAUCUCUCUCCAGGCCAGCCUGUUCCAGAUUGUGGGCUACAGGAACCUGGUGCUGGAGGUGGAGAAGCUGCGCAGGGAACCAUAUGACUGUGAAAAUCCAAAGCAUGAGGAGAUGUUAAUGCAGUUGUGGAAGGCACUCCGCCCCGAGUCUGCCCUCACUGGGCGCAUCUCUAAGCAGUGGUGUGAGAUUGGUUUCCAGGGCAGUGAUCCCAAAACUGAUUUCAGGGGCAUGGGUCUGCUGGGUCUGCACAACCUGCUGUACUUUGCAGAACAUGACAAAGCCACGGCUCUUCAGGUUCUCCAUGACUCUCUGCAGCCCAAGCACAGGACCAUUUCUAAAGAGGAAGCCAGUAAGAUGAGCAAAGCGGAUUGGGAAAAGAAGAAGUUUGACAAAGCAAUCGGAUUCUCCUUCGCCAUCGUUGGCAUCAACAUCACGGACCUGGCCUACUCUCUGCUGGUGAGCGGAGCGCUGAAAACCCAUCUCUACAACGUGGCUCCAGAGAUGCCCAGCCUGGUGCACUUCCAGCAGACCUUCUGCUAUCUGAUGCAGGAGUUCCACAGGUUCUGGAUCGAGGAGGACCCGAGUGACAUCAUGGAGUUCAACCGUGUGCGCACCAAGUUCCACAAGCGCAUCCUGAAGCAGCUGAAGAACCCAGACAUGGCACUGUGUCCCCAUUUCACUGCCUCCGACCUUCACCUGGUCAACCUGUAGCUGCUCAUAUGAUCCCUGACCCCAUCCAUCAAUCUGUAGCCGUCCAUCUGUCCAUCUACUUUAUCUAUCUACCCUCUGAACCCUGAGAUCAUCUUAUCUCACCUCAUCUCCCCAUCCUUUCUUCAGAUUCUGUCCAUCUUCAUCACUAGCUUCUUCUCAUCACUGCCAACUGUGGAGUCUGUACCACACACACACACACACACACAAAAUAUCAAUAUGACAGUAUUCAUGCCUGAACAGCCCCCCUCUCACACACACACACACACACACACACACACACACCUGCCCAGAUGUGUAGUUAGCUCAGAUCACCAGCACUGAAGACCAUGGUGAUUGUAAUAGUGCGCCACUGCACCGUAGUAGAGUAUAGUGAACAUUAACAGCACUGAUUGUAAGGUAUAUUGCCGAUAGUCAGCAUGAUGUUUAGCGUCUCCCGCCGUGUUUAUCUGAGGUAUUCAGCAUUGCGCAUAGAUGAUAGAGCUCCCUAUCAACCAGUAGGUGGAGUCGUCAGUCCACGUACAGUAGAGAAGCGUUCACACGGCCAGUAGGAACAGCUUGCAUUGAACUUAAAUGCAUUUAUAGAGAUAAGUGGUCUUUAAUACAUAGACUGUCUAACUGUAGCAGCAGUAUUUCAACAGCGCAGGACAUUCGCAGAAGAAAUCAGACAUGUGACAUAUGGGAACAAAGCAUGCCUGUUCAGGCUAAAUGGAAUAGAAACAUCUUUUCAGCUGUUAAUAAUGUGACCAUUCACUCGUAACUCACCGCCAUCUGUAAUUUUUACAUUUUUCUGUCCAGAUAUAAAGCAGAAAGCGUUUUGUUGUCGAGAAGUGGAGCUUAAAACCAUUAUAUUUACUUGCCAAAAUGGUAAAGAAGAAAUGUGAGCAUUUUUGUGAAUGUGAUGCACAACUCACAAUGAUUGUUUUCAACACUCUGUGUGUGUUUUUGGUGUUAAUGUACACAAAAAAAGAAAAUCGUCAUUGAAUGUUACUUUUUUAUUAUUAUUUGAGCCACCAAAGCAAUAAGCAGAAGUCUGGAACAUUUUUUGUAUCGUUUUUGCAGUUUUUUUGCACUGCUGGUGCCUGUCGUACCUAGCUAUUCUUAGUUAUUUAGACAGUUAUAAGCAGUAUUUAACUCUAAAGCCCAUUAA